GGGCAGCUGGUGAUAUCAGCUGUUAAACCUAUUUACAGUUGAAUGUGGUUUUAAUUUAUAUUUAUUGGAACAGAAUAUUUGAAGAUUACGCCUCAAAGCGUGCGAUAGAAUUCAUAACACACAUUUUGUCGCUAACAAAUAUUCUAACGACGGAACACAAGUCACAAGAGGUCUGUCAUAACCGGUGAACGGCAACAUUUGUUCGGAUCUUGACCCCGUAGAUGAUUCGAAGCGGGGGAAAAGUCUCGCUGGCGUAUCAUCAAUACUUUGUAAGUGGCUCAAGAGAGAGAGAGAGAGAGAAAGAGAGAGAGCAGUAGCGAAUAAACAACCCAGUACCGAAUUACUCGUGCAGUCGAUGUGUCCACAGGGUUUUAUUAAAACACUUGGAAGACUUGACGCAUUCCAUUUACCAGAGUUCGUCCACCAAACAUGAGUACUAAGGCCAUACCCAGCUCUUACACUAUUGAUGGAUUGUUGGGACUCAACCGAGACGAUGAACACAAACACCGUACAAAACUGGAACGUGUUUUCGACGAAGCAGUAGACCGUAAGCUGGGUCACAGCACAGAAGAGAGAAAACAAGAGAACGAUGCGGAAGCAAAUUCAGCGGAUCAGAAACACGAUGAUACUAAAAGUGGAGAUGAACUUAAAGUGAAAAGCGACGAUGAAGAAGAUCAGGAGAGUAAUUGUUCACCAGGAAAACUUAGGAAACAGCGUCGAUACCGUACAACCUUCACAAGCUAUCAGCUGGAAGAGUUAGAAAGGGCUUUCUCUAAGACUCAUUAUCCAGAUGUGUUCACAAGAGAGGCACUAGCCAUAAAAAUUGAUUUGACUGAAGCGCGUGUUCAGGUUUGGUUUCAGAACCGACGAGCGAAAUGGCGUAAGCGUGAGAAGGCUCAAGGUGUCCGCCUCCAUGCUCCACUUGGACUGGGUAACCCUUUAGUUCCUCCUCCACUGUCAGCUUACACCUCUGAACUAACGGCUGCUAGCAGGAACCAUGAUCAAGAAUGGGAUUGUGGUUUUUCCUCCGCAAUGCCGCCUCACCCGCCGCCUUCUUUUCCGGCCCUCCGACUUCCCUUACACCCCGCGGCUUGCCCACAGUCAGGUAGUAUGGCCCACUUUUAUUCACCGUAUUACACCCACCACUCGGAGUACUUUUCGGCGGCGGCCAUACUGAGCGGCGGCAAUGGCAGCAGCUCACUUCUAACGGCAACCUCCGUGCCCUAUAAGUCACCAGUGUUUAAACUCUCUCCCGUUGUGUCAUGUGGUUCAUCUCCUCGAAGCGUUUCACCGGUAGAGCCAGACAGAAGAACAACCAGUAUCGCGGCACUUAGACUGAAAGCACGAGAACACGCCGCCUCCUUGAGCUGUGUCUCUUCCACUGAAUGAAUUGCUUUUGAUCAUAUUUCACACGUGCUGCUUACGUCUGAGUAAAUUUUAGGAAAGAAAAUAGACACUACUUGUGAACUCGUUCUUUCAGCAUAAAUUUUUAAUUAGUUUCUCAAAGGAUCACCCCUUCAUUUGUUCCUCUAUUGUAAAGUAUAUAUCGACAGAAAAACAGGUAUCUGGUAAAGAUUUGUACGUUGUCUCGAACUGUUCGCGAAUUCUAUCGAAUGUCUUGGACUUCAAGAGUUGUUAAUUUGUUUGGGGCGCGACUCCCUGCGAAACAACCACCCGGUCAAUAAUUUAAUAAACGUCUUUGUUUGCGUUA